AUGCGCAGCACUUGGUGCACCCAUCCGCCACGUCGAGGGGCUGUUCCGGGAAUUCAACGCAAGACCUCUCGCACCCGAAGCGAGAAUCAUACCACUAGACUAAACAGCCGACGAAUCCCGCAGGUGACCUUCCACAGCGUACCCCCACGCAACCUGCCCUGCCCUCCGCUAGUCACCUCCUCCGCUGCAUCGCACUAUUUUCCGACACGCGCGGCCCGCCUCUCCCCUGCAAGCCACCUCCCAUGCGCUUCCUCCUCUUCACCUCCAAAACGGCGCUCCCUCCUCUCCGAACCCCCUCCCUCAGCCACAGCGACCGCCUCCCCAGCCGCUCCAACUGCAGCCCACCCACGAACCAAAGUGUCGUCGCCGCACCAAAAACGAGCAGCGGAAUGCACCGAACACAACCACGCCCUUGUCCUCGUGCUGCAAGCUUCCAUUCACGACCGGCCAAACCACCACACACAACCCACCUCGGUUUGGAGGAGGCAGCAGCAUGAGCAGUUGCGGCGGGGACAAAAUGCGCAGCACUUGGUGCAUCCAUCCGCCACAUCGAAUAGCUGGCCCGGGAUUUCAACCCGGGAACUCUCGCACCCUAAGCGAGAAUCAUACCACUAG